CACAUAUCUCAAUGUUCAACACUUCUGCUACACCAGCAGGUACUUCCGUGCAGUAGAUGAGAGGACCUCCAGCACGACCCGCGCUGUCGGUCAAGAGGGUUGAAGCUCGUGCAGGAAAUUGAUAGGAUAUUGACCGUGAUAGUACAACGUCUAGAUGGGUGCUGGGUUACUUUUCUUUUUUCGUUGGUUGCCUCAAAGGCCACGUAUAUGUCUAUUUCAGCCAAAUAAAUGAACCACUCUACUGAAGGAGUGUCAUCUUCAUGAUUAGUAGCUCCGCUACUUCCCUACAGCUCAACAUGCGUAAUAUUUUUCAGCGCCAGCCGUCUCUGGUGCCGCCCGUGGAGGUUGUGCACCACACAGUCCCUGCUCUAUGUCCUCUAACCACGUCUAGAAGUUGUUGUUUUUGCACUAAGUGUGUCCGCGGAGAAAAAAUACCGCGUCCCCCACGAAUUUAUUCCUCAGGCAGCAGCAGCAGCAGCGGAGUCUCGCUCUCGUCCAGUUGUACGCCUUUUUUUAACAGAAGUGCCAACACAAAGAGAGCAAGAAGCCUCUACUUCUCUACGACGUCGGUCGUGCCGGGAGGUCCUGCGCCAGCUUUUGCGGAUCAUGGUGGCCAGGUCGCUGCUGCUUCGGUUCUUUCCAGCGAUCAUCCACUUCCUGGGGAUUAUCCUGGGUGUUCAUCAAGGAAGCAAACCCGCACAGUAGCGGCACCUGUGGCCCCCCCUGUCGUACCGCUGUUUACGCACAAAAACCGAAUCUCGCAGUAUUUGUCUCGUCUUCAUCACGAUGGUGGUACCCACACCUUCGCGACGGAAGACCUGUAUGCUGGGAAUGACGAUCAUGAUGAUCAGGAGGCUAGGGGAACAAGGUAUGGUCGUGCCUGUAGUCAAGAACCACAUGAUGCUGAACAGCAAAAGCCUGCAAUGAAGCUUCCUGCCCCUGAGGGCGGGAGGAUGGAGGUUAAUAUCGGGGAGAAUGAUGUGAAGGUACUAGAACAGGGACGAGAAAUCUUCGAUGGUGACUCCGUAGUAGUAGUUCCUGCUCACACGACGACCAGAGCAGUGGAAAGAACUCAGCGGACAGAUCAUGAACUGCAACAGCAGCAAGAACUACCCCAACGACCCCGAGAACCCCCGUGGAUCGAGCCGAUGUUUGAUAACAACAAGUCGCGGAAAUCGGCAACUAUGUUCGAACUGGACUCCGGGGAAGACCUGGAACGGCAAAUGUACGUGCACCUGGUCCGGCACCGAGACGGCAGGCACCGGACACCAGUGUUGACGAUAAGAUCGGGGAAAAACGGCCGGAGUCUGUUGCACCUUCGCAAAGAGGAACUGUUGGCACUGAAGGACGUCAUUUUGAAAUUUCGCCAAGACGGACUGAAGAAAACUUUUCAGGCGUUUCGGAAGGACUGAAAAUGAGUGGUAUUAUUUUUGCCGACGUCUUGCAGCAGGCGAGCUAUAAAUAGUGUUUUCCCCGUCGGCCAUGGCGUCGCAAUUGAGAAGAUUUUGAACGGACGUUUUCAGCUUGUGCUGGAGCAUGGGCGG